GCACAUUCAUAACACUGAACCUCUGAGGCUCAAUAUACAGCUGUAAAGAAGAAUGGCCGUAUUCUCACCACGAAGAGGAGAGCUGCACUUCCUGCAUGAAGGUAUAUAUUGAGAACAGCUUGGUGGACCUAAGCGAUCAUGGACCUUCAAAACAUGAGUGGAUUGUUUUACCCUAGCCAAACUCUGGGUGGUCCUUACACAGACAUAGAAUAUAUUAUUAGGUCUCAGAAUAUCAUUUCCAGAGUCAUGCACAGCUACUUUGGAAUACUGGUUCCUCUUGGUUUAUUGGCUGGUAUUAUCAGUCUCACAAUUCUAAUCAAGAACAAGCUGAAGCAUCAAAUGUUGGAAAAUUUGGACUUCUAUCUUUUAAUCUUGGCUUCUACUGAAAUUUCAAUCAUCCUGUACUCCUUUACUUCUACAACAAGACCAGGCUAUCUGGAAACAUCAAACCUGAGUUGUGGUGUCCUGUCUGUGUUCUUCAAUAUAAGUUACUUCUUCUCUCAGUACCUUCUGCUUAUGAUGUUCUUCAUGCUGAUUAUCAUGGACAACUCUAUCAUGGCAAAUAUAGUUCAAAACCGACUGGGAUGCGUCACCUUGACCUUAAUAUUCUCAGUAUUAAUGUCUGUAGCAACAGUGUCACUGUUGGGCACAUAUAACAGGCUUCAGAAUAUAACAUAUUGCCAGCUGGACCCUUUAAAUGCCAAACCAGAAUAUGACUUUACAAAAUUUACAGUAGGUUUCUGUGUCCCAUCUAUCAUUCUUCUAAUAUUCUACAUUCUACUGAUUGUUCAAGCGAGAAGUGCAGACAAUGCCACAGGAAACGAGAAGGUCCAAGCUCACAUUGUUAUUUUGUUUAAUGUAUCAGUGAUGUUUAUAUGUCGUCUCUUCUACAACAUCAUGCUCAUUAGGAGGACAUCUUUAAAGAUACAUGGGCUCUACCUAUCUCCUAAUGAGGAACUGGUCAUGAACAUUGCAGAACUGGUGGUAUUCAGCGGUAGCUGUAUCAGACUUAUAUUCAUACUCGCUCUGCACACACCAUGCCGGGAAGGUUUCAAGAACUCCUUACAGUUCUUAAGGAAAUGUGGAAGAACGGAUACAUCCAAUAAUGUCAUCUAACCAAGUUUGACACUUCUGUAGCAGACAAAUAACUAACUUGUAAGAGUACUCUUUUAUUCAACAACAGAUUUACUAGUUAUUUAUGAUAUUUUUUUAAAUUAUGCAUGGUAUAUUUUUUAUAUAUAUACACACACAUACAUACACAAUAUAUAUACAAGUUGCCUUAAUCUUGCGCUAAAAACAAGGUAUCUGCUCCUCUCAGUGGGUCCUCUGUUAGCAGAACCCCAAACAGAUUAUUAGAUCAAAACAAUACUUCAAGGGUGCUAGAAACAGAAAUGAGAUCUUAUUGUAUGGAGUAUUGAAAAUGUCCACAAUAUAAAACCUUUUGGUCAAUUAUCGGUGUGUACUCAGUAUUUAUUCAGUAACAUUGAUGCUUUCUUCCUGAGCCACCACAGGUAACUUGGUAGAUAAGUUGGAAAUCUAAUAAAUUCUGUAAUUAAACUCGCUCACCAAGAAUCACUUAAACAUAGGCCCAAUGGCCACUUAUUAGUAGAAAAAAGAAUAUUCUUUAUUCUGGAUAAAGUUUCAACUUGACAUAAAAUAUAGUUGCUGAUAUCAUUAAUUAAAAAAAAGAAAAAAAAAGAAGGAGUCAUGGUAUUGCAACUUCUGAAGAGAUCAAAAUCCUUCCCAUCAACAACCUUACGGGCGUGAGCUCAAUGGCGGGGCCUUCGGAAACGGCUGAUGACACAACACCCACCAAAACCCUAUGCGUUUCGUCCCAUACAGGGGAUUUCUUCAGGGAUGCUACUCUUAAAUAAGGGGUGAGGUAAUAAAUGAUGGAUGGUUCAAUAUUCAAUACACAGAAAUAGCAUCACAUAUAAAAAAACAACAACGACAUCAUAGGUGGUACACAAUCAUAUAACAAUAAAAUACAACUAACGAUAAAGGAGGAAGCUCUUAUAGAACCUGCACUGAUAAUCACUUAGGCAAAAACAUCAUCAGUUGUUUUGACACUUUUCCAUAAAAAUUGUGAAUUUGGUAUGUAACAGCUGAUUUACUGGGCAAAAAUAUCACGCUCUUUGGUUCAGUUGUAGCCCAUCAAUUUCAACAUAUAGGAAUUUUUACUAGUGCAUUUAGCCUGCUCAUAAAUAUGCUCGCAGAAAUCAUUUAGUUACAGAUUUGACUGAAGGCAUAAAAAGUCAGGCAAAACAUUUACAUAGCAGUACAAACAAUGAAAAAAAAUCUACAGGCUACCCAGACAUUUUUUAGAAACACACAAGUCUAAUGUGACAGAUUUAACCCUGACUAUAUUAGAACAUGUAAAACCAAAUUAAUGGGGGGGAUGAAAGAG